AUGGCUGUUUUACGAUCUGUUUGGGAAUUUGCAUUCAAAAAGGUUGAUAAAGAAUUGAAAGGCCUUGGUAAGGAUGAAAGCAAAGACAUUCUAGAAGUCUUGGAAGAGCCAAUAUCAGAAAUAAUCGAAGGGUUAGAAGAACCUCACACAGAACUUCAACAAAGAUGGUGGAAAAUGAAACUAAGUGCUGUAUUUUUGUUACAAACACAAGAAAGAAAUGUUUGUUCCAGACCAAUGGCAGGCUUACCAUCUAUAAGUUAUGAUACUUAUUUUGAUAUGGUGAAAGCUUUUAAUUGGUUCGAAUCUAUUGUAGAGGUUCCCUGCUCGUUGGAAACUACAGAAAGAUUGAACUUUUAUUCUAAAUUAACGCAGCAUAUUCAACGCGAGCCUGUGACAUAUCUAGAUCUUCAACUUAUCUCUUCUCUGAUUGGUCAUUUUCUACAACUCAGAUUUCAUGAUCAACCAAUCAAUUAUGAGGAAAAUGGGAUAGAAUUUCAAGAACUUAUAUCCAAGUUAAUGGAAAUCACAAUUCAAUAUUCAGAACUUCUAGAAAAUUUGAAUGGAGAAGUUUUGUCAGAAUUUUUAAAUAGAAUUCUGGUCUUGCCUGUGUUAUAUUUAGAAAAGUCAAACUUGAAAUUUAAAAAAAGUGAUCAAAAUGUGGAAUUUUUCUCUAAUUUCUGUGCGAAAUCAAAUUUGAAUUUCAGCCAAUUAGACAUUUCCAAGUUUCCUUGUGUAUUAUGGAUAAAAUGCUUAAAAUUUGUCUCCAAAACUCUCCGGGCAAAAUCAAACGUAGAUUUCGAAGAAGCCAUGAACAAGAGAUUUUUCAAAGUGAACAAUUUUGAAAGUAAAAUGGAAAGUUUGUGUGUGGAAUUUCUGCAAAUUAGAGGAGCAUUAUUUAAGAAUCUUUCUGAAGAAUUUAGCCAAGAUAAAGAUAGACUAUGUGAUUUAGUUUCAAGCGUGUUUUACAAGCAACAAGCCUUCUCAAAAAAAGAAGCGAAAGAGAGAAAGGCUGUAGAAAGUUCGUCUGAUUCCUGUUUGAGAAGAAUUGGAACUAAAAGUCCUGGUUUUGAAGAUGAUAUUGAGAAUUGGCUCAAGCUGCAAGAUUUGCACGAAUUGGACCAAAAAGGAUAUUUAGACCUAUUUCUGAAGAAUCCUGCCGUAUUAUUUAAAGAAAAAUAUUUAUAUGAAAUAUUGGAGAUAUAUCAAAACUCAAGCCAACAGAAUUUUACCAAGGAAACAAUUUGUAAAUUGAGAAAGCUGGUGUGUGGAGUAUUUAGAAAUCUACCUCUAGUUCUACAACAGAAGUUUAUUCUCCAUGGUUACAGAGAGAAUGUCAAUCUACAGUUACUAUCUGAACCAGAAUUUAACUCAGAACUUACCGUUAUCUUCAAUAAAUUUACCAACAAUUCUACCGAGCAGGUUUUGCAAGAUGUGAUGUAUUUAUUGCUGAUAGAUGUAGAAACCACAAUGGAAAGACUGGUUGAUGCUGUCAUAAAUAAUUCUGGUCAAAUAGACACAGUUAUCCAGAUAUUACAGUCUUUACCUGACUUAUGUAAAUGUCGCCACACCCUAAAUCAUCCGAAAACGACUCUACUAGUUUGGUCCAUAAAAAAUGUUAUUACUAAAUCACGAAUAGAAAAACAACAGGAAAAAAACUUCCUCAAAUUUAUUUCUGCAGUUUCAAAGGAUUACAGAUAUCAAAUUCUUCAAGACAAAGAUUGUCAGGAACCAUCAGUUCUAAAUAUUCAGGAAUUCGUCUUGAUUUGUAUCAUUGCCAAUUUAUAUAAGGAGUCAUUGUAUACAGACACGUUUUCACUUCCACUAGAAUUCACCAUCAAACUUUUUACAACAGUUCUCGAGGCGACAAGAGACAAGCCUUGUGAUUGGUUGAUAAAUCUCUUUCCACUUUGUACCUUGCUUCACAUUGGUGACGUUUAUAAUGAAGUUGUUCAAUCAUUGGUUGAAUUUGAAUAUUUUGAUACAAGGAUGGUGAUUCGUCAAUUAAUUCACAAGUUAUUAGCGGCGAUGAAAAAUCCUUUGAGAAAAUGGAAUUUUAAAGUUGAAGAGAAACAUUUUGAUUGGUUCAUGUAUCAUAUAGAAGAAUAUGAUUGGAGAAUAAAAAUAGCUCUACAUAAAUUUAUUACAAGUUUUACUGUGGAUGGACAUGAGUCCCAUACACAGUAUUUAAAAGAAAUUAUAACUUGUGCUAUUGAAACUGGAGAUGUCAAGUUGGUGCUAGAACUAGGCGUAAUCAAUGAAGAAGUAACAGAAAUGGUGUUAGACAACCUACACAUGCUGCCAGUGACUCAAAUAUCUCUUACUAUAGCUCUAAUACAGGUAUUACCUGGGCUGCUACCAACAGAAUGGUCUAGACUCUAUAAACUAGUACUGUUAAUUAUCUAUCAUUUAAACCGAUUUCCACUCAGACUACUGUUUGUAGAGAAAGUUAUACCACAACAUCUUCCAGAUGUGUAUGUAGAACUCGGCGGUAUACAAUUUAUAAAUGAUGCAGUGGUAGUUUUAACAGACCGUUUACCACCAGAUAUUUUACAGCAUGUACUUAGAUCUUAUGCUGGCCUGGUUCAGUUUAUUUUAUGCGAAAACUGCAAAGAGCCACCAACAGAGAGUAGGGCGUUAUUUUUCGCUGAUUUGUUUAGUUGUUUGGCCAUCACCAUGACAAUUGUUGUUAGGGAGCAUCAGGAAACAUUGUUCGUUUGUUUGUUAGAUAUCCUGGCAGAAGUGAAAAAAAUUGACUCUGUGAAGUGUGCAAUGAGGGAGACUUACUAUCCAGCGCUUCACAAGGCAGUUUAUAUUAUCAAAGAUGGACAAAUGGCUCGAACUUUAUCAUCCAGGUUGGAUGAGAUACUUUUGUAAUAAAUAAAAAAUGAUUUUAAAAGUC